AUGGCAUCAAAUGGAUCGGAGACGAGUAUUCGACAGAACUAUUCAGUUGAAGUCGAAGCUGCGUUGAACAAACAGAUCAGUGUUGAAUUGUUCGCCAGCUAUACUUAUCUCAGUAUGGCAACAUAUUUUGACCGUGAUGAUGUAGCCUUACUGAACGUUGCAAAAUGGAUGCGUAAACAAAGUGAGGAAGAACGAGAGCAUGCCAUGAUGCUAAUGAAGUAUCAAAAUAGUCGUGGUGGUCGAGUUGUUCUUCAAGAUAUCAAAAAGCCAGUGAAGGACGAGUGGGGAAGUUUGCAAGAUGCAUUCAAAUCUGCAUUGGAGUUGGAGAAAUUCAACAACACUUCUCUCCUCGAUUUGCACAGCUUAGCUUCAUCGCAUAACGAUGCACAUAUGAGUGAUUUUCUCGAAGAGCACUAUCUUCGUGAUCAGGUGGAAAGUAUCGAACAGAUUGCGAAGUUUAUAACUAAUAUCAAGAGAGCAGGACCGGGACUUGGAGAGUAUAUUUUCGAUCGCGAAAAUUUUGAUGAUUGA